AUGAUGGACUCCAAUAAGAUGACCAUCAACUUGGUUCUCUUUGGCAUGACUCAAAGUGGAAAAAGUUCUGCUGGGAACAUUCUUCUGGGAAGCACUGACUUCCACAGCAGCUUUGCUCCAUGUUCUGUGACCAAAGAUUGCAGUCUGGGCCGCAGCUGUCACUUCCACAGCUUCAUGCGUCGAGGCGGGCAAGAGGUAACCCUGCAGGUCCAGGUGCUGGACACUCCAGGUUAUCCGCACAGCAGGCUGAGCAAGAAGCAUGUGAAGCAGGAGGUCAGGGAGGCCCUGGCACAUCACUUCGGGCAAGAGGGUCUGCACCUUGCACUGCUGGUCCAGAGGGUGGAUGUGCCUCUAUGUGAAGAAUCUUCCCCAGUCCAGAUGAUCCAGGAACUUCUGGGACAUGCUUGGAAGAAUUACACUGCCAUUCUUUUCACCCAUGCAGAAAAAAUCGAAGAGGCUGGGCUCAAUGAAGAUGAAUACUUACAUGAGGCCUCUGAUACACUGCUAACCCUACUAAAUUCUAUUCAACGCAGAUAUAUUUUCCAGUAUAAAAAAGGAAACUCGCUUAAUGAACAAAGACUAAAAAUCUUAGAAAGGAUCAUAGAAUUUAUAAAAGAAAAUUGUUACCAAGUUCUUACGUUUAAAUGA